UUUAUUUUUAACAGUUAUUUUAAAAUUAAUUGAAAUGAUUUUCCAUGGAGUUUUAUCAAUUGCAAAAACAAAAAAACCAAACCCAUACGUAAGGUGGAAGAUGUUCUAUUGUUUCUCAUAGCUCUGGGGGACUCGUUUGUAUCACAGAUGACUUUUCUUUUGGUGUAAGGGUAGUUUCUAGGCAAUGCUUUCUCAUGUGUUAUUGUAGAAACCGGUAUCUUCAGCCUGUGUAGUUCUGAACUGUAAAUUUCUUACACUUAUUUUUCUAACUGGAAAUACUUAGUACCUUUAUUCUUGUUUUGUCUACAAAACUGGUUUCAAUAGCUUUACUAGUUUUACUUGAGAGAGCAUAUAAUACUUGUCUCUCUCCUUAGUUGGAUAUGUAGGUAAUUUUAACACAGUAAGUGGGUUUUUUUUUAAUCGUUGCUCAUCUGAUGAGUUUCUUGUCUGACAUGCUAAGAAACUUCUCUGCCAUCUGUGGAGACACUUUUUUUUAAUGUUUUCUACAUAACAUUUAGAAAAUAGGACACUAAAAUGGAUUUGAAUUGUGGUGUUUCCAUUUUUUUUUUGAAGAACGGUAUGCAUGUGUGACUUGAAUUUGUAUUCCUAGGUCCUUUGACACAAGUAUGACUUUAGCCUUGCUUCAGUUAUGAUUGUUUUUUGUCUUGUGGUUUGUGGGUCAUUGUCGUCCCCCCCCGACGCCCUCUCUAUUGUAGACCUAGGCAGAUAGCAAUAGUAACAGCUUGAAGUUCUCUAAAAAUAUGCUUUUGAUGUUAUUGUAAUCUUACCUAGCACAGCUAUGUUUUUAGAUUUUUCUGGCUUCCUAGAGUACUAGAGCAGAAACAUUUGUGUGUGUAUAUAUUUUUUUUUUCAAACUACCAGUAUAAUAUUUCCUGUCCAUAUUCAAGUGUUACAGUAUCAUGAAUUCAUUAGGAAUCUGUCAAUUACUACUCAUGAUUGUCUUUAUAGUGAACUUAGUUUCAGAAUUUUUCUUGGUCCUCUUUUUUUUUUGUACAUAGUGUACUUCUUUGGAACAUGGAGUAUUCCAGGUCCCAGGAUUUACCAGUUUGUUUGAAACUGAUUAAUAAACUGUAACUGAUUGAUUUAGAAAUUCCGUUUGAAGCUAGGAAUGAGGCUGGAGUAAGAAAUGCUUUGAAGGCUUUUGGAAGGGUUAUCAGAAGGUGCCCUUCUGCAAAGUGGCUGUUGGAAGCAAGUCCAUUCCCAGAACUCCAAUUUUGUUGGAUAAGUUGGAUAUCUGACAUUAUUGUGGUGGUCUCUCCUGAAAAUAUUGAAACAAUGAAGACUAUCAUUGAAAAAUAUGGCCACAAAAGAGUUACAGUAGUAGAAGGUGGAAUAACUCGUCAUCGGUCAAUUUUCAAUGGACUGAAAGUAUUUGCAGAGAAGCAAUUUUCCAGCCAUCUGUUCCAGAAACCAGAAGUAGUGAUUAUCCAUGAUGCUGUGAGGCCAUUUGUAGAAGAAGAUAUUCUUUCAAAAGUGGUUAUGGCUGCUAAAGAACAUGGGGCAGCAGGAGCAAUUCGUCCUCUAGUUUCUACUGUUGUUGCCUCUGCUGCAGAUGGCUGUUUAGACCACUCAUUAGAACGUGCCAGGUACAGAGCGAGUGAAAUGCCUCAAGCUUUCUUGUUUGAUGUAAUCUAUGAAGCAUAUCAACAGUGUACAGACUAUGACCUGGAUUAUGGAACUGAAUGUUUGCAUCUGGCUCUGAAAUACUGUAAAACAAAUGCCAAACUUGUUGAAGGAACAGCUGACCUCUGGAAGGUGACCUACAAGCGGGAUCUGUAUGCAGCUGAAUCGAUUAUUAAGGACAACCUUUCACAAGAAGUUUGUGUUAUUACCGAUGCAAAUGAAACUGUUGCACAAGUUGGUUUUCUCCUUCCUGAAUCUCUGAAAAGACAAAUAAAAGUUGAAACUGUAUCAAUAUCUCAAAGCAGAAAUGACAACCAUCUACAAAGCAUCUUUUCAGGACAGUGCUACAAUUUUGUUUGUGUGAACGAUAAAAAGUGUGCCAUUCAAGAAACUCAGCAACUAGUGCAUAUAUUGGAAAAAUCAGAUAUUCCUCUCUUACAUCCAGUUGUCCUUAUUUCGGUGUACUUGGAUAUAUCAGGAAAUAACUCUUUCAGCAUUGGGAUGGAAGAACUAGCUAGCAUCAAGAAAUUUGCAAGGGAAACUAAAAAGAAAAACAUUUUGGUUUAUGGUCUCCUCAUCCAAUAUAAGCCACAGUUGCAAAGCAAAAUUUGCCAAAGAGGACAGUGGACAGCUAGCAGAAGGGGUGAACAAAAUGUACUUUGGAUGAACACAACAUUGUUCAUGCUGAUUUCUGUUUAUGAUGGCUGGCAUUUGAAGACACAGUUGAAAUUUUUUACAGUACAAACAAAGGACCCUUCACUUCUUCAGGAGACAGUAAAUUCUGCUGCUGCUCUUAUCAUGGCAUUAAUAAAGGACAGAAACCCGGAGCUGAUUGGCCAGCUGUUGGUAGCAUAAGACCAUAAAUCAUGUGUAGCUUUUGGAAACCUUUGUUUUUCAUCAUCUAUUCACCAAAGGUCUUAAGUCAUUUUACUCUUUAAUUAAAACUAUGGAUUUAUGCCAUUUACUAUUAAGGUCCUUUAACAGCAUAUUUUUGAUACUUAAAAUGGAAGUCUGAUAUUAUGUAUAAAGUGUAAUAGGAAAUACAAAUAAUUCUGAGAUACACUGGGUACAUACUGUGAGGAAUGAUACUGAAAUGUUUUUUAAGGUACUGAUCAUUUAAAAAGGUGCACACAGGACACCAAAACAUUCAUGCAGAAUUGUCUUUAAACAUGUGUGUGGUUGUACUCUAGGACUGCAUGACUUAAAUUUUAUUUAAGAUAAAUUAAUCCUAAAGCACAGCUUAUCUACUUUAUAUGAAAUUAUUUAAAAAUUGUUGCUUUAAUACCUAUCAGUGAAUGCAGAGUUCAUUACAGAGUGUAGCCUUCCUGACAUUAAAAGAAACACAUAUUGCAAGAAGUGUGGGAAGGGUCAGGUCCCCAUCCUCUGUGAAAUGAAGGUAACCUCAAAUCAAAGAAAAGACAUGCAUGGGGAUAACAAGGUGCUAAACCCCAGUUUUCCAUAUGCAGUAUGCUCUGGCUGUAGCCUUUUGGUGCUACGCUUCUUCCAGUGCCCACGUGCCAUCAUUCAGAACUAGCUCCUGUAGCACCACUGAGUUACUGUAGUGCAAAUACUCUGUUUUUGCACAUCUGUGUAUGUAUAUGCAUGUAUGUGUGUAUGAAUGCUUAAAGGGUGAGAAAAGGGUUAGGACCGAAAAAAAUGUUUCACUACCCGAUCUAUAGGUCAUGGAGAAAUAGGAAGGUUCUUUUAACUCAGCUGUGAAAAUACGAUUUUCGUCUCUUGCUGAUUAACAUAUGUUUGUAUUAAAUAGUAGUCAAGAGACUAGGCCUUAUGAAUUCAAAUAUAUGCUCCAUGGAUAGUCAAGUGUGCACAAUUGGGACAGGAAGAUGAAAUGGUGAAUGAUUAUUAUGUGGAGUAUCUCCAAGUGUCACAACCAUUAAGAGCAAUACAAGAAGAGUCCCUGAAAACAUCUGUCCCUCCCUAUGCAGCAGACUCAGGAAUUCCAUCUCUCUUGCAAUUUGUGAAGGGGCUAGGUUAGUGUCUUGCUUACCUGCUGUGACUAGAAUGCAGUCUUGGAGCAGUAUUCCCACAAGAAGUGUUCAGUGAGUCCCUGAUUCAAUCUGUCCUGAGUGAGAGCACUGUCAGUUCAGCAAGUUUCCCUCUAAAAACAGCAUUCCUCCCCUUACUCCCACCAUGUUCCACACCCUCUCAUGCUCUGCACUUGUUUCCCUUCCUCUUUCCCUUGACAUGACUAUCUAUAAUGCUAGUUUAAAUCCCUUUUAGAAGCUGAUCUUGAUCCCAAAACUUCCUUCACUGUAUAAUAAAAUAAAGAGUUUUUAGCUGAGGAUUCUGUAUCCAAAGCAGACAUUUUCUUCCACACAGAAGUCAUGCAAAGACAGCUAACAAAGUUCUUGUACAUCAUCUGCUUUUUUCUUUGCUUCUUUCUCCUCUCUACUUUGAUUAAUAAUUUGUCCUUUCUGUCAUUGUAUAACAUAAACAUUCAUAUUAGCUUUUUGUAUGGCUAUACAAUAGGCAUAUUUUGUUCAUUCAUGUCUGUUCAUAUGCAGAGUAUGCAAAUAAAUGAAGAACUAAAGAAUUUAUUACUGGUAUUCAUAAUUUAACAGGACAGCUCUCACAAAUAAGUUUUCUGAAUUUGCUUUUAUAUUAAUAAAUUUGAUGAAAGAAUUCGUUUCACAGGCUUUUAAAAGACAUGAUGAAAGAUGUCUCUUCGAGCGUAUUUUGUGAUUCUUUUUUGCUUGAAGACUAAAAUACAAUGUGAUGUGUUUUCCCCAAUUAAUAAGCAAGUGAAUUUAGAACAUCCAUAAUGUUUUCUAGCCACUCUAAUUUACAUCAUGAUAUUACCUUAACGCUGGUUUGUGUGUAACAUCAUUUGCUUAAACAGAACCUUUUAUUUUUUAAGGUGGUUUUACUUACAUUCUCCUAAAAGGAUUUCCAUCCAAUUAAAAAUGAUACUGCAAUGAAUUGCUGUAAUGAAAAAAUAUAGUUGUUUAUGGACUUAUUUUGAAAAGAAAACAGAGAACGCACAACAAAAAGUAAAUGUAGGGUCAUCAAAUAUACUUAGUACUAAUCUUAAAAGGAAGAUAAGAUUAAUUGCUAAUGUACUGUUAAUCAUUGCAUUAUGGAUUUUUUAAUCUUUAACAAUCUUUUCAAAUAAUCUACAACCACUGAAAAAUCUAUUUUGCUGGAAGCAAAUACACCAACAACAGAACUACUAAAACAGAUCAUGAAAUACUAGAACUGCAGUAAAAAACCAAAAAACAAAGAGAAACUGGACUGUGAUUAAUGCUAUUGUGUAUCCAAACCAAAUUGAAAUGGUCUUUUGGGUGAUUGUUAGUACUUACAAUGGGAAUAAAAAUAUAAAAUGAAAUUAAGAAA